UGACAGUUGUGUGCGAAGGAAGCUCAAAGAUUUUUGUUUUAGUUAACUUAUUCAGUAAGCGGAUGGUUGUUGUGCUUUUCAGCUGAAUUGGGACGCAUGUCCUGAGCUUUAAUCGACUCUAUCCAAACCGAGACAUGGAUGAAGAUGAACGGCGGAGGAAACUAGAAGCUGGGAGAGCGAAGUUUGCUAGCUACAGACAGAAGCUGGCGAAAAGCGACGGUGCGGGGGCGGCGAAAAAGACGCAGAAGAGGAAGGGCCAGGUUGUCACGCAAAAUGACAGCUCGACGCAAGACCACCAUGUAGAACCACCCCGUCCAUCAGCCAGUGCCAAAGAACUGAACAACAAGGCCAACCAUGAGAAGCCCCCGAAGCCAGAGAAGCCAGAGAAGUCAGAGGCUGAGGAGAAGGAUCAGCCCCCCACCCCGGAGCAAAGCCCGUCGUCCCCUGUGGGGGAUUUGAGAGACGGCGAGCUAGCUGCACUGACUGGCAAAGAACAGCUCAAGCAAUUACAGGAGGCUGUUGAGAAGCGUAAUGAAAUAAUUGCCAAACUUACCGCCAACCUACAAGAUGCACUGACCAGUAGAGACCAGGUACAGCUGGAGGCACAGUCCCUGGCUGAUCAGAUUCAGGCCCUGCAGAAACAGCUCCAGCAGACCAGUGUAGAAUUUCUACGAAUCAAAAGUCACUCAGAAGUGGAAGUCCUUAACGUUUAUCGACGACAGCCGCACCAUGGCAGUUCCACAACGGAUGCAAACGGUGGUCAUAACGAGGUGCCAUCAGAGGGACCAGGAGGCACGUGUCCUGGCACCCACUCAGUCGGUGACGGCUUUACCGCUGACGGUGACACUGAGACGGACACUGUUCUGCAGAAGCUGAGGGCAGAGUUGGAGGAGGAAAGGAAGAAUAGCCAGCGCAUAUGUGCCGCAUUAGCAGAGGAGAUGGAGAAAAAACAACAUGUGCUCGCUUUGCUGGAGGAGGAGAAGCGAGGGAGGGAAGAGGAGCGAAAUGAAAGGGAGGCACAGCUCCAAAACCUUCAGACGCAGCUAAGCCAAGUCCAAACUCAGUGCCUUGAGAUGCAGCAGUACAAAGAGGAGAAGGAGAAGCUGAACAGAGAAGUGCUGGAGUUGAGGAAAAAGCUUCAGGAGGAAGGAGACGCAGAGAGGAGAUACAGCGAGGAAGUUUCCAGCUCUGCCCUUCGUCUCCAGAGUCUUGAGGAGGACAGGCGGAGACAGGAGGAGGAGAUGAAGAUGCUCAGAGAAGAGCACAGAGAGGAGGUUGAGCGAGUCAGGCAGCUGUUGGAUGAAAGGGAGAAACAACUUAAGUGUAGAGAAGAGGAGGUCAAUGGACUGAAAGCUUCUAAGAACCGACAGAACCAAGCAAAAGCUGGUUCAUCGGGUUUUAGCGCUGAUGAGAGGAUUAGUAGCAAUGAGACCAAUCUGGAAAGUGGACCUGAUCAGGACAGUCUGAACACAGCAGCACCUGGGGAUCUACUGAUGGAGCGCUACUUGUCUUCGGUCCCCAUUGCAGACUCUCAGUCUUCAGUGGCAAAUGAAAGCUUUGAACAGCACAGCCAACUGGACAUCUCUGCUAAUUACAGUUUCGAACUAAACAGCGAAGUGUUCGAAGAUCAGCCCCUGUUGUCAAUUUCAAACCGUCACUUUGAGGAAAAUGACAAACUUUGCAACAGCUUUGGCUCACAGGACCACGUCCAGGUGGCCGAUGAAUCUGGUCCUCUGUCGCAGUGGCUUCACAACUCCUCUGGUGAGUUGGAGAUGAGUCAAAUGGAGGAGACGGAUUUGGGAAAAGAGCUGCUGAAUCAGCAGUGUGAGGAGCUCCGUGACGAGCUGGCUCUAAAGGACAGAGAACUGAAUGUAUUAAGAGAGGAAGUCACCAAGAGUGCACAAGACCUGGAGGAGGCGAGGAGCAGGUGGGCCCAAGUAACAGAAGACCUCAAUCAAGCUCUCUGGGAACUUGAAGAGGAGAAGGAGAAGAGAAGACAAGUGGAGGACAUGAACUUAAAAGCUCACGAACAAGACAACCUUAAGAACAAACUCAGUGCCUUACUGGCAGAAAGGGAAAAGGACGAGGCGGUGAUGUUGAUGGGAGAGGAAGCUGAAACCUCGCUGCUCGUCCCUGCGACCUUUCAAUCAGAGGAGGAAAAUAAGCUGGCAAGGGAGCUAAUGGAGGAGCAGGAGAAGGAGGCUACACUCUCGUCUCAUCAGAAACAGCAGGAGCUGCUGGUAUCGUCUCUGCAGGACUCCACCGAAACAAGUCCAAACCUCGGAGAUGAAGAUGAGCUGCAAGCAUUACAGGCCCACUGUGAGCGUCUCACGUCAGAGCUGGAGGAGACGAAAACGGAGCAUGAAAACACAUCAGCCCUAUUAACUGAAAAGUCUGUGGAGCUCAACACUGUAUUAAAGGAGCUCGAAACAACACGUGAGCAGAUUCGAAAUGCCCAAACAGAAGUGGAGAGAUUGCGGAUGGAACUGCAGAAGAGCAAUGACAGCCUGGGCCGUACAGAAAAAGAGAAAAAUGAGCUGGAAUCUCAGAUCUCCUGUUUGACACUAAACCUGGCCCGUUUGGAUGAGGCCCAGGCUCUGUCGCUGCAAGAGAGGGAGGAGCACAGGAGGAAGGAAGAGGAGAUGGAUGAGCAGAUCAAAAAAAUGGAACAGGUCCUGGAGGAGGAGCUUGAACAGUUUGAAAACAUGCUGAAAGCCAAGGAUGAUGAGUUGGCUGAAGAGAAGGAGAAGUGGGAGGAUGAGAGACAGGAGAAGGAGAAGGAGCUCCUUGAUGUGACUCAUCAACUAAAGGAGCAGAUGAAGAAGAAAGAAGAGGAGCUGAAUGCUCUGAUGGAGAAACAGGUCCUGGCUGUGGAAGAGGCCACUGAAAAGCUUGUGGCGUUUCACCGACAAGAGAUAAAAGAACUGAUGGAGAAACAUCAACAAGAAAUUUCUGAGUUGAAUGCUCACCUGGAAACGGAGCUGCUGAAGCAGAAGGCCAGUAUGGAGGAAGAACAGAAGCGCCAGAUCAGCCUAAUCAAACAGGUAACUGAACGUGAGCAUGAGAGAAUGAUCUCCGAGCUGAACGCCAAACACAAUGAGGAGACUAAUCAGCUGAGGACAGAGGUGUCCUUGGAGCUGAGGGAGAGCAUGGAGGCUGCACACCAGGCUGAACUGCAGCAAGUGCAGGCCCAAAAGACCUUUGAGCUUGAGGCCUUGCGCCUAAGCCUCACUACAGUCCACAUGUCCCAGCUGGAACACUCCCAAGUGAACUUGCAGCAGGAGCAGGAGUCUGCUCUCGUCAAGGUCCAGGCCUCCAUGAGGGAGACAUUUGCACAGGAGAGUGCGCUCGUGCAGGCCCGGCAUCAGUCAGAACUGGAGCGGCUCAAACAGCAGAACCGGGAGCAGCAGGAGAGACUUCGUGAGCUGCACCAACAAGACGUGGACAAGUUGAAGCAGCAGUGGGAGACUCGUGUUUCUCAGGAGAGCGCUUCAUUGGACGAACAAAAGACCAAAGAGAUACAGGCUCUGAGGCAACAGUGGGAAAAAGAGGCUGAAAGCACCAACGCGAGUCUGCAAACAUCCCUUAGAGAGAUCCAGGACAGCCUCACUGCAAAAGAGGAAGAACUCGCCAGCACCCAGGUGUCUCUCACCGAGGCCGAGAAAGCUCUAACCGACGCCCGUGCAGCUCUAUCCCAGAGCCAGUCAGAACUGCAGGAGUCACGCGCCAGCCUUGAGGAACUCAAAACCGUUAGCAAGGAGCAGAACCAGAAAUUAGAGGAGCAGCUGAGAGAAGCCUGGGCCGACAGAGAUGCUGCUGCUCGUUCUGUGGAGGAGUUGAUUUCUAGUCACAAGGCAGUUGUGCAGGAGAAGGAGCAGCAAGCACUCCACCUAGAGGAGAAACAGCAGCAACUGCAGCAAGAGAUUUUGCGCCUACAGGAGGAGAAGAUCUUGCUCAAACAGAGCUCAGAAGAGGAAGUAAGUCAACUGUGGAGCCAGCUGGAGAGCAUGAGGGCUAGUCGUCAAGAGCUGGGAGAGCUUAAGGAGCAGCUGCUGGCUCGCUCGUCUCGCGUCGAUGACGUUGAGCGCCUAAAGGCAGAGUUUAAUGAACAAAAACGAGAAAUUAAAGAACAAAAUGAGGCUGAACUUGAAAGCCUGAGGAGGUAUUUUGAGAAGCGUCUUCGUGCAACAGAGGAGAGCCACAAAGAGGAAAUUGCUUUGCUCCAGCUGAGGCUGGUAGAAGGUGCCUUGGCGGAAUCUGUGCUUAAAACCACGGAUGACAGUGCUUUGUCUCAGGCUCAAGCUGAACAUGAAGAUGAUAUCAUACUUCAGAAACAGAAGGAAAUCCUUGACACUUUGAGGCUUCAGCUGGAGGAGAAACACGCAGUGGGCCUGUCCCAUCUGCAGACCUCUUUGGCUCUCUCCUUUGAGGAAGAGCUGCAGCAGGUGCGCACAGAAGUCACUGACCAUUACUAUGAAGAGCUGCAGGAGAUGAAGACUCGUCAUGCGCUGGACCUGGAGCAACUCAGAGCCAAACUUUCUGACAGUCAUCUGCGAGAGCUUACCAGAGUCCGCUUUGAGGCAACAAAACAGGUUGAGGCUGAGGUCGAACAGAGGUUCUGGGCUCACAGUGAAGAGCUACAGACAAGUAUGACCAUCAUCCACAGCCUGGAGAACAGACUGGCCGCUCUGAGUGAACAGUAUGAUGAGGAGGUUCAGAACACACAAAAGUUAAAGCAAGAGUUUGCUGGAAAGCUCGCCCAUCUUGAAGAAGCUCUGAAGCAAGAAAGGGAGCAUGUACAGGAGCACACGAAGAGGCUGGAAGAAGAGCUUCAAGAGAAGCAUGAAACAGAAAUCUCUGCCCUGAGGUCAGACCUCGGCAAGGAGCUGGAGAAGGAGAGGGCACGGCUUGAAAAAGCACUUGAUGAGGAGAAGGAGAAGUUGGAGUCUCUACAGGCUGUACUGGACAGCGAUCAGAACUCGCAGGUCCAAAUGGUGAGACAACAACUACAGGCCCAGUACGACGGUGAGCUGCAAAAAGCAAAGGACCACAUGUCUGCAGAGAUCAAGGAGCUCACUGUUCUGCUUCAGGAGCAGCGAGAGCUGCACCAAGGCCAAGACAGGUUCCAAGAGGAGAAAACUGAAUUGGAGCAACGUUUGAUCCAGAAAUAUGAAACGACCGUAACCGAGCUUAAGAACAAACAUAAAGCUGAGCUGGAACACGAGAGAGCGACACUACUGAACAAACACUCUCAAGAGAUGGACACGCUCAACACAAAACACAAAGCACAACUAGAUUCACUCAGUACCAGUCACAGAGAUCAGCUUGCAGCUAUGGCUGCUGAGCUUGUUGCCCUGGAAGCAUCGCUGAAGUCCAAACGAAACAAAGACCUUGAAAGUCUGGAGGCUGUUUUCCAGGAGACCAAUCAGGCUCAGCUGGAGGCUUUAGAAGCAGAGUUGUCUCGCAAACACCAGGAAGAGAGGGACGAACUGGAAAAGAGGAUGCUGGGAAAUAUGGACACUUUGGAGGCCACUUAUCUGAAGGAAGUACAAACUUUGCGUGACGAAAUAGUUCAACUUGAAGAGAGACAUCGUCAUGUCCUGAGCAGUCAGAAUUCAGAACAAAAACAGUUAGUGGAGCGUCACGCAGCAGAGCAGCUGUCCAUCAGAGAAGACCUGAGAAAAGAACUGGCUCAGGUACACAUGGAGAAGUUCAGAGCCAUGGCAGCAGAACUCAGCCAUGUUCACAAGACUGAACUGGCUGCUCAAAAAGAGGCCUUAGACAGUGAACACUGCAAAGCACUGGAGACACUGAAGAAGCAGGUCUUAGAGCUCGAGCAGCAGCACAGCACUGCUCUGCAGGAGCUCUCUCAUACCUACGCUGCUGAAAAAGAGCAGCUCGUCAAGCAGCACCAACUCCAGCUACAGGAGCUGAAGGGGAUUUCUGCACGGGAGCUGGAGGCCUGUCGCAGGGAGCUUGAAGAGGAGUCAUCAAGGCAAAGACAGCACUUCCUGGAAGAGGCUGAGCUCCUCAAAGUCCAAUCAGAAGAGCGUCUACAGGACAGGAUUAAUCAACUGAAGACGGAGUUUGAAGUGCACAAGGAGGCGGAGCUUGAAGACCUGAGGCGGAGCUUCACAUCCGAACAAGAGGAAAAGGAACGGAGCUACACGGGCAAAAUGAGCCAACUCACUGCCCAGCUGCAGCAACUAGAUGCUGUGGUGGCCCAGCUGCGAGCAGAGGUUGGGUGUCUGCAGGGAGAGUUAGAAGGCAAACGUGCAGAGAUGGAGACCCUGGACACCCUCCUUCAACGAAGGGAGCGGGAAAGUCAGGAGGGAGGAAAUCUUCUGAAGAUGCUCACUGAUGAUUUACAGACGGCAAAGGAGGAGCGACACAAACUACACAACGCGAACGAUAAGAUGAAGAAGGUGCUGAUUGAGAUGCUCCGCAGCAUCAUAGCAACGGAAGAGCUGGUUGGACAAAAGAUCAGUGCCAAAACCAAAACGUCUGAGCCGGCGAUUCAUCAGACAACAGGAAACAAAGAUGCGCAUGAAUCAGGUAUUUCAGGGGUAGACUUGUCGUCCGAGGACCUGGAGCUGACCCACCUCCUCUGUGAGAGUCUGCUAGUUUCAGAUACUCAGAUUAAUCCUGGAGGAGAAGAAGCGGCUCUGAAUGCCUGCAGCAGGUUACGUCACACAGUCGACACCCUGCUUGAUCUGCUCAACCAGGCCAACACACAGCUGGAGCAGACACACAAUGUCCAUAUUUCUCUGGAGGAACGGUUCUCCCAAGGCAGAGAUGACUCCGCCCAGCUCCUUGAACAACAUAUGGUCUUAUUGGAGCAGCUCGACCAGGAGGCCAAGCUGAAGAGUCAACUCCAGCUGGAGCUCCACAAGGCAGAGGGGCUUGUGGAGGGCUACAUGGCUGAAAAGGCAAUCCUAGAGGAGUCACUGCAGCAGAAGGAGACUCAAGAGGAGAGGCUAGUGGAGGAGCUGGAGGACCUGAAGCUGAAGCUGCACCAGAUGGAAAGCCUCACCAAAGAGCUGGACGGCCUCCGAGUGAAGCAUCAGGAGCUCAGCGAGGAGCACGCGAAUCUCCUGCGCCUUAAGGAGCAUCUCUGCGCUGGACUUGGGGAACGGGAGAAAGCUUUGCUGGUAGAGACGGAGCGUUUGACACAGGAUAGGCUGGACCUGCAGCGCCGGGCCGAGAAGGACCACAACUCUUUCUCUCUGCGCCUCAGGACCUUGGAGAGAGAGCUUGAAGAGCAGGAGACCAAGGGCCUGGAGACGGAGCUGCAUCACAAGACCCACACCGAAGACCUCAACCAGCGCGUCCAAGCACUUGAGAAACAGCUGAAACACAACCGACAGUUUAUAGAAGAGCAGGCUGUGGAGCGAGAACAUGAGCGAGACGAGUUCCAGCAGGAAAUCCGUAGGCUCGAGGCCCAGCUCAGACAGACCACCAGUGUGGAUAACAAAGGACACAGGUUUGAGGACUUGGUUCUGCAGGUUGAGAGUCUACAAGCUAUUAUCAAAGACAAGACGAGGACCCACUCCCUAACAGUCAUUGCAGAACGCAACGAGGAGAUAGACAAGCUAGCCGGGCGAAUCAGAGAAUUAGAGCAAGCGCUUCUUAACAAUGCAGAGAAUAAUAGGUCUCUCGGUCAACUGGAACAAGAGCUCCACAGAGCGAAGUUGAGAGAGCAGGAACUCACGCAAGAUAAACAGGCACUGGAGCAGCAGCAGCUGUCCAACAGGCUUCAGAUAUCAGCCCUGCAGUCCAAACUGGAUGAGACGAGGCACUGUUACCUUGACAACACACGCGACCCCACCCAGGAGCUUAGGGAUGCUCUGGACACUGCUCAGCAGAAUCUACAGAGCAAAGAACAAGAGGUUGAGGUCCUGCUUGGCCAACUGGAGAAUGUGCAGAGAGACUUGAGCAUCAAAGAGGUGGAACUAAAACACCUCACGAUGCAGCUGGAACUACUGACAAAUAAGAAUACAGAACAUGUUAAUGAGCUCCAGGAGCAGAUAGCUGCCCUGAAGGAGAACGUGUCUGCCCUUGCUAUAUUAAAGGAGGAAAAAGAGGAGCACAGCGAGGUGGAGGAGACUGAAGAAGAGAUGCUCCCCUCAGCACUUCUAGAGGAGAAAAACCAAGAGAUCGACCACCUCACUGGUGAAAUCCAGAGACUGGAACAGGAGCUGGAGAACGCCAGGGACAACAAAGUUGGUGCUCUGGAGGUUGAGCUUGAAGACCUGCGCUCCCAGGUUGAACAUCUUCAAUCUGAAAUCACGAGAGUGCGCCAGGACAAAGAGGAAGAAGAGGAGCGCCUCCAUGAAGUCAUCAGUACGUUGCAGGCGGAACUUGCCACCUUGGGCCCGAACCUGCAUGAAGUUAGUGACUCUCAGGACGGCGACAGCAUCAACCCUUCACCCGCUCCCAGCCCCGAACCUCACCAAUACACUAUCCAAGAACAAGAGAAGAGGGGACGGCCGAAUAGCCUGAAGCAUGAACUCAGUUUGAGUCAUGCUGCCUCUUCUCGUUCUCUCCGGUCUCGUCUUAAAGCCCUUCAGAGUCAGCUUGAAACCACCGUAGCAGAGAAAGAGGGACUGGAGCGAUUACUGCUCACCCAGGAGGAAGAGUACAGAGGACACGGGGAAGAGUUUGGAAAGAGGCUCAAGGCUGAAAGAGAAAAAUCUGAUGAACUCCAAGUUCUUCUUGCUCUGAGGGAAGCUGAGGUGGAGAAAAUCAAAUCCCAGGCAGAGGAGGAGAAGGAGAAGAGGAAACUAUCGGAGGAAGAAAGGGACCGUUGUAAAGUUCAAGCUGAAGAAGCCGGUGUGCUCCGUGAGGAGAAAGCCCACCUCGAUACUUUGGUUUUGGAAUUGCAAAACACUGAACAGGAGAGAGUGAAGGAGCUCGAUGCUCUUAAAACAAAGGAGCGGGAGAUGAAAGUGGAAAUCGAAGCCCUCAGAGAAACCGGUCUCACUCUUGAGAGACAAGUCCAGGAGGUAAGAGCGGAGCUGGUGGAGAUGGAGGAACUGGUCGCUGAAGAAAGGGCAAAGAUCAAAACCUUUGAGGCGGUGAAGGGAGAGCUGUGUGCUGAACGUGAGGCGCUGAGGAGGAGGGAGGCUCAGCUCCAGGAGGAAAUUGAAAGGCUGAGACAGGAAGUGACCUCACUGAGAAACGUUAUCCAGGAUCUGACCACCAAGCUUAAUGAAAAUGAAACCAGUCAACAAGAGGCUCAAAAGGAAGUGCUGACCCAUGCCGAGGUGACCCUGGCUAAAGCAGACGCUGCCUUGAGAGAAAAGGAGGCUGAGCUCGCCAGACUGGGGGCUGAACAUCAGUCUCUGAGGACGGAACUUACUGCAGUGAAACAGGGGCUGAGUACCAGCACAGAAAGGGCUGAAAAACUGCACGAGGAAGGACGGACCAAAGACCGUGCCCUCAUCGACCUGGAGACUGACAACCAACAGCUGAAGGCGGAACUUCUGAGACUUCAGGAAGACCUGGCUGUACAGGAAGAGGAACUGGCCUAUCAGCAACGAGAACUGCAGCAACUCCGACAACAGUGCUAUCAACAGGAGACACUUCCUCACCACUCGGGAUACCCGCAUAAGGCUGCUUCUCAGAGAGCUUUCGAGGACGUCGUGGCCGUCUCUCGCAACGAAGCCUCUCUCAGCUCUCCGGAGGUUUUAAGGAGACUCGAAUGCUCCGAGGACAGAAUCCCAGACCGGUUCCACACAUCUGCUCUCAGCGGUCUGAGCAGCACGUGCCUGGAUCUACCUCCGGUCAAAACAUCUCCCAGAGUUGUGAUGGAGGCGCCGCACUCCAGGACCAUCACCCCCGACCCGGCCACGCAGAGCACCCACUCCCCCGGCUCUGUGUCCAUUUCCGACAACUUCUCCGUGCUGGAUUCACUGGACGCUGACAAAAUGCAUGAAUUAGAAGAACUUGACCUAACAGCACCUCCAUCUCCACUUGGCUCCACUUCAUCUUUGUCUGCACAAGAGUGGGCCAGUGAUGGAUAUGGCAGCAAUGUGAGUUCAGAGUUGGGUGCGAGGCUCAGAGUGGAGCUGGAACAGACCGAAAGGCUUGACGCUCAGUUUAUUGAGUAUCUCCGCUGCAGAGGAAUGAACCCCACAGCGAACACGGACAGCGCAGCAGGUAGCAUGAGCUACAGCGACGACUUGCUGUCGCCUGAACUUCAGGGUCUGUUGAAGAAAGUGUAUCAAGAAAGCUGCAGAAUUCUCACUCUGUCCCAGCGCCGCGCUGCUCCUUCAACCCAGCUACAUGUUUCAGGCUUUAAAACCACCUCAUUAAGUCAGACGCAGCAUCAUUUUGAAGAUAGUUCUGCACCACUGGACCACCAGGAUAAAUCGUUAUCUAAUCCCCCCAUGGGCUGGCAGCAGGAGAAGAGGGCGCUGCAGGAAACCGUGAUUGCUCUCAGAGAGCUGCUCUGUCGAAUGGCCGAGAGACACACUCAACCUGAUCAAAGAGACGAUAAUACCUGGCACAGAGAUCAGCUACUGAUUGAUGGACGGGUCGAAUCCCAACUGAGGGAAGAGCUGGAGGAGAACCAGAAACAACUGAAAUGUGCUCACGAUGCUCAGCAGGAGCAAAACAACAAAAUACUGUCUCUCAGGAUGACUGUGGAAGAGGGUGAAGAAGCUCUGAGGAGAGAACAAACCAGAGUCCAGGAACUUCAACAAGAACUGGAGCAGGAGAGAGCUCUGAGUCUCCGUAAAGACAGGGAGGAGGAGGAGAGGAAGGAGGCUGUACAAGUAUCCUCUGAGCAGCAGAGGUCAGAGGUCAUGUCUCUAAAGGGUCAGGUGGAGCAGGAGAAGGUGGCCUGCAGCAACCUCCGAAGAGAGCUUCAGAUCGAACAGUCCCGCAGUGUGCUGCUGGAGAAACGCCUCGAGGAGACCCAGAAGCAGCUGGUGGACGAACACCAACGUUCUGCCCACCAACAAGAACUCAACCUGCAAGAAAAGACUCACCUCGAGCGCCUCCUCGCUGAAGCACAAUCCCGUUUGGCCGAAAUCCACUCUAAACUUGCGGACUCUCACAGGAAGCUCGACGAGGAGAGAGACCAUUGCUCGAGGCAGGUGGACGAGCUCAGCCGGAGACACGAGGCCGAUGCCGCCAGAGACAGGAAGUUCAUCUCGGACCUGCGCUCGCAGCUAGAGCAGGAACGAAAGCAGGGGGAGGAGCUCGCGGCUGUGGCCGACAGACUGAGGGCUGAGCUGCUACAGUCCAGGAGGAGCUGGGAGGAAGAGGACAGAACGAGACGGGAGGAGCUUCAGAGGGAGCAGGAGGCCGCCGCCCGACAUCGCGUAGCUAUCGAGACCUUGACGGGGCAGAAACGGGAAGCCAGCCAUGCUUUGGAGGUGGAGCGAGAGCGGUCCAGACGGCAGGGGACGGAGCUCGCCGAGCUGAAGGAGAAGCUUCGCCUCCUGAAGGACAAAGAGAGGGAGAGGGAGGAGCAAUGGGACAGAGAGAGGAGGAAGGAGAGGCAAGAGCAGAUGGAGAGAGAGAGACGGCAGGAGAGGACCAAUAACAAACUGUGUGAGUUGGAGUUGUUGAGGCAGCAGGACCAGCAGCGUGUGCAGGAGCUGCAACGCACUCUGUCCGAGCUGGAAAGAGAGGAGAGAGAAAUGGCCGCUCAGAGGCUGUCUGGACGAACAAUGGGACAGCAACACAGGGCUGCGUCUUCACAGAAUCUCAGCAGUAACUUCCAGACUGAUGGUGCCAAGGGAAGCAUCUCACAACACCACCAGCAGAUUGCGUCCGUGUCGUCAUCCAACCUGUUGGAGACGUUACUGAAGGAGAACUCGGAGUUGACGGAGCGCGUGACGUCGCUCAGUCAUGAGAGAGCCACCUUCAAACACAGACUCACAUGUCUGGAGCGAGAGCUGCGGCGCACGGAAAAUGAACUCGCCAGGGUGACCACAGAAACGGAGAACAGGCCCAUCAAUGACAUGACCAGCAACAACAAGGUGCAGCGUUUGUACGAGCGCUACCUGCGCGCCGAGAGCUUCAGAAAAGCUCUGGUUUACCAGAAGCGUUACUUGCUGCUGCUGUUGGGAGGAUUCCAGGAGUGCGAGCGGACCACGCUGUGUCUCAUCGCUCACAUGGGAGCGCGACCCUCGCCCCCACUCUCCUCUGAGCGAAGGCCCCUCGGAAGAUUUCGAGCUGCAGUGCGAGUCGUCAUUGCUGUUUCGAGAAUGAGGUUCCUGACCAGGAAAUGGCAGAGAGCGAUCAAAAGAUUAUCUUCAUCUGGGACUGUCAACGGCCACGCUUCAGGACCUAAGACUGAGGUAUUAAGGCAGCAGCAGCAGCCAAGAUCAAAUUCAGACUCGACACAGAGCAGAGACAGAGAUGCUGUGUCGGCACUUGUUCCGCCCAGCAAAUCACCCUUCAGGCUGCACAGCAGGCCUCACUCCAGUACCAGUCAGCAUUCAGGUGCAACGUCUCAAGAUCCAGAGCGAUCCCUGACAGAAUAUAUCCAUCAUCUAGAGAAAGUCCAGCAGCGAUUGAUGGGAGCCAGACAAGGUUCAUCUGCUCUACAGUCCAGCCCUAAAUAGUCCGAGCACUGAAACACUGAAUUUUGCCUGAGGACACUGAAGAAGCCAUUUUCUCUUCAUGUUGUUCCAAAACUGUCCAUGCCUUACCCCCAAUGUAGAAAUGUGUAGAAAGGAAUAUCACACGUAUUGAAUAUUUGAUUGCAAGUGAUUGUUUUAUAAGGAUCUAAAUUAUUUUUUAAUAUUUUCUAAUGUUAUUUUUCUAUUAUCUGUAUGGUAUUUUGAAGGGUCACCCUUGCGAUGCUGCGAGAACAAACAUUUCUCAUUUGAAAUAGUGCCGUUUGUUCUAUUUGUACUGUUUUCUAUCUUUUUGUGGUAUGUAAAUGGGGCCGAUGUUCAUUGUGUCCAAAUGUGCACUGCUUUUAUAUACUGGAAUUUACAGAUCAACAUAUCUAGUGAGUGCAUUAUCGCAGAAAGGUAAACAGUAUGUGUUUUGUAUUAUGUUUUUACCAUAAAGUUAAUAAACAUUUUAAUGUGUCA